AUGUUUGUUGAUGAAAAGGGUGACUUUAAAGCUUUUAUUGCCAAGAUUGUGAGAGAACCAGACAUGUUUGCCACAUGGAUGAAAUCUAUAGGGGAAACUGUGAAGUCUGUUGCAUCUGAUGAAAGUUCACUUAGUGGAGAUGAAAAUCACAUGGAAAAGCUAAAGGCAAAAAGAGCUGCAAAAGAGCAAAUGGAAAUGAAGAUUGAAAGUGUUGCUGAAGAGAAUGAUAAGACUGAGCUGGUAAGUGAAGAAAAGAUGUCUAAAGCUGAGAAAGUGAUUGAAGAAGAAAAGUUCGUACUUGUUGGUGAUGCCUAUCCAGUGCCUUACAAUGUUCAAGAAGUUGCUCGUCAAAUGAAAGUUAAAGAAAGGCAAAGAAAGGAAAUGAAAGCUCGUGGAGAAAUCGUUGAUGAUGACUCCGAUGUAGAGCUAUUUGGAGAUGAAGAAGAAGAAGAAGAUAAAGAUGAUAAUAAUGAGGAAAAGAAUGACAAGCCUGAUGAUCAUGAUGAUUAA